UUACCUGCUCAGGUGAAGCAGGGAUCGUCAGGUUGUUCUUUCGCUGGAUUCUCUUUUUCAACGCCAGCGCGAGAACGACGCGACGCGCACACACCAAGCGGAGUUUCUAUAUUUAAUUGUGUUAAAAGUGACUUAUAAAAAGUAUACAUAAAGUUCUUAACUUCAUAAAUUGUUCCAUGAUAAGCCCAACAAAAUUAAAGACUUGUAAUUCUCGACUCUAUUUUUCUUAGAGCAAUUUAUGCUUUGUUUGGAAAGAAUUUUCAGGCAGUAACCGGUUCUGGCGGCCCUCUUGUGUUGGCCAACAAAGAGAAUCUGAACGCAAGUGAAAACAUAAACAAAACAUUGGCAAAAAGCAAAGAUCCGAGGGGAGAAAUGUGAACACGUGAUUAACAAAUUUUUGGAAUUCACUUAGAAAAUAUUUACAAAGACAAUUAUGAGCCUGCCACAGCUAAUCGAUGACUUGCAGCGCCUCUCCGAGGACCAGGAUAGCGCCGAUCUGGUUUUCAUCUGCGGUCGAGAUGAGCGCAUCAUCUAUGCCCACAGGCUGAUGCUGAUGGCCCGCUGCAAGAGCUUCAAGACGGCCAAGCGCGGCGAGGUGUGCCGCAUUCCCGGCUGCACCGUGUCGCCGGCCGCUCCAGGUGCCUCCGCGCCCACAACUAUACGUCUGCCACACGUUAAUCCAGAUCUUUUCCGUCAAUUUAUAUUGUAUGUCUACACAGCAAAGUUGGUGCUGCAGGACUCGCAGGUCUUUCAAAUGAUGAUGAUGGCCCAAGACAUGGGCGUCGUGGAAUUGCGCACCGCUUGCGAGGAUCAUGUCAUCUCCACACUCUCCGUGGACAAUGCGUGCACCUUUCUGACCGCAGUAAUGGAUAUCCAUGAGAAAGCAGGUGCCAAGUGCGCGGCUACCUUCAUGGAGCGCUGCAUCAUCUUUAUAGGGGAGAAUGCCGGGGAGUGCGUCAAAACAAAUGCAUUCCUAACGCUCGCCAAGGAGGCCAUUAUCAAGAUCAUCUCCUCCGACUAUUUUUGCCUGGAGGAGGAGGAAGUUUGGCGCUGCGUUUUGGCCUGGGCCAAGUACCAGGCGGGCGUCACCCAACCCACUGCACAUUGGACUGAGGAGGAGCGUGCGCGUGUCUGUCAGCACUUGAGUGGCGUCAUGGGCCAUGUGCGACUGCUGCUGAUCGAUAGCCAAGUCUUUGCCGAGGAAGUGGAGCCCACUGGGGCCGUACCCAUGGAGCUGUCGCUCGAACGCUAUCGCUAUGCCGCCCUGCAUGCCAACAAAAUGAUGGAGAACGACAAGCGGCUGCAGCCACGCCUCACCGUAGCCGUCAACAUGUUUCCCGGUUCGCAGAUCCUUCUCAACGAUAAACUGCCGCUGCAGAGCGUACUCAAUGGCUGGUUUGGCGUGGCCAAACAAUCGUGGCGUCUGGUCUAUCGUGCCUCCACCCAUGGCUAUGACUCGAGUUCCUUUCAUCGCUACUGCGAUGGGGUCGCCCACUGCAUGGUCAUUGGCCUCGGGUCACAUGGAGAGAUUAGCGGCGGCUACACGGACGUCGCUUGGGCCAAUACAAGUCGCAAGGGUGGCUACGUGCAGUCGGAGCGGGCCUUUCUCUAUGCGCUGAAUCCCUCAAAUGGAGAGCAACCAUCGAAGUUUGAUAUUGUCAAGAAACCCUAUGCCAUCUGCUAUCAUCCAGAUUGUGGUCCCAUUUUCGGUGCUGGUGCGGAUCUGCUCAUCUCCAGCAAUUGCAAUGCAAACAUGGACUCGUAUUCGAAUCUUCCGCAUUCCUAUGACGGCCCCAAUGCCGCUCAGCUCACGCUCUUCGGGGACUACAACUUCAGCAUCAGCGACUAUGAGGUGUACACGUUGGCCGCGACAGGAAGUGCUGCUGGCAGCGGACCCAGUCACAGUCACAGCCAGAGCCAGGCACCAGGUGUGCCCUCAAAGGCAAAAUCCGCCACAGCUAAUGGCAUUAGGUGUGAGCCGCGAGCUGUUGUCGGUCGGGUUCAUGACACUGCCCCAAGGUAAAAACCAGAAAUCGAAAGGUGUAACGCCAGAGGGCGGGCGGAUCGAAAGAGCCAGAAAACAUUCAACUCUCGCAUUGAGUGCUCCAUAUUGUUACAGAUCCACGAUGUAUAUUUGUAUGUGUAUAUGAAUGCCAUGUGCACUUGAACCUGAGCCCGGGGUUGGGGUCCAUUCCACACCUUUCGAGCAGUGCCAGCAGCCAGCAGCCACCCGCCAACUGCCACACAAUUGACAAAGGAAAACGAAUGCGUAAAAGGCGAUUUGUCUUGGCUAUUUCUGUGUGUUUCAGUUCAGUUCAGUUCACUUUUCUAGCCAUAACAAUAAUAAUAUUUUAAUGAAAUCUAGCGCUGAAGUUGCUCUCGACUGGUUCUCCAACUACUUUUCGAAAUGCUUCUGAUAAAUUGGUCCACGCUCUAAAUUGGUUCUAAUUAAAGCUCUUUUUUGCUGUUGUUGUAUGCUGAUCGAAUCGAUCAAUUGGCUCGCGGAUUGUCAUUCGUCUUGGGGCAGAGAUUUGAGAGAUUUCCGAGAGAACCCCUCCACAAUGACAGCGGGCAGGCAGGCAGCAACAAACACUUGAAUUUUAUUUUAUUUGUGGCUGCACAAAAGAUUGGCAGUUAAAAUUUUGUUACCGACUUAAGGCCAACGCUUGAGAGCCCACCUUUCGAUAAGGUCUACAAAUUGUUUUACUUUUGACAGACGACGACGAAGGCCCGAGGCGAUACAGUCCAAUUCCUGGCUCCAAUCCCUGGCCUAGGCGCUAGCAGGAAUGUCAUUUCGGUUUCAAUUCGAUUUCUUGUCAAAUUAUUUGAUUGUCGAGUGGAUUUUUUCGGUUCGCUAUGCUUCGUGGCCAACAAAUUCAACCAAGAAGUUUUCAAUUUCAAUGUCUCUGUGUCGCAUGAAAAGGGAAAGGCAAAAAACUGGCGCUUGCUGACUUGAACUAUGAGCAGAGUGUAAACUUGUUCUGGUCUUAUGAAAUAGGUUCAUAAUGCAUAUGCAACAUGCGAGCGGAAUGACUAGGGACUGGCACUGAACUCCUCUAUGUUCUAGAACAGCUAAGAGGUGGAGGAAUAGUUUCAAACAUUCCUUAAAGAUUGAUCUUUAGAAUAUUAUUUGGAAUAUGUCUAGCCACAUCCAAAAUACAUUUAACAUUGGGAAUUGUUCAUAUAAAAGAAGUAAUCCAUAGAGCAUUAUUCCUCCCAUAAAGUAGGAAAGUUUAAUUCAUCUGAAAACUCUUAAUUUCCAUCCCUGGUGGCAUAUUUGUUUUGGGCUUGGUCAGCCAGCAGCUCCACAUAGAACAAAGGCCAGCCAGCCUGCUAUUAGCCAUGGCCAUGGUUAUGUCUACAAGUCUCUUGGCCAACACUCAAGCGGUGGCGGGCAGCUGCUGGCCAAACCCCCAAGUGCUGCCACUUGAAGUGUAACUUAUUUGCAUGUAAGAAUGCGAUAAAAAAAAAAGGAAAGGGUGCCACGAUUGGCCCUGAAAUGGGAGCAAUUACUAAAAAUGCAAGUCUCCUCCCAUCACUCCCACAAGGUUUCCAAAUAAUUCCCAUUACGAAUGAUUCAUUAGCCAACAGGAGACACAACCACUUAAGGGCGUAUUUCCCUGACAUAUUCAUGAGAAAGAUAAGAUCCGACCACCUGUCAGCGGCUGUUGCAUCCGUUUCCGCCUGCGGACAGUCUACAGGCGGAGAGCUCCAGUUAAGAGGUGCUAAUAUGCAAAGUGAACCCCAACGAGACACCAAGAUAUGACUACGUCAUAGCCGCGGCUAUCCAUCAGCCAUCAGUUUAUUGUAUUCAUUCAUAGCCGCGCAUCAUCGCCAGUCAAUUUUUGCCUGGCUCAUCGCCACCACUGCACUCGGCAUUACAAACGACAUACCUGAGAGCUCCCCCUCCCAUUCCACCCACCCUGUAACAACUAAGAGAGGCGGCGAGCAGAGAGAACGCUAGAGAGAGAGAGAGAGAGAGAGAGAGGGGCUUAAGACUCUCUUAAGCUCAUGUGUGUGUAAUAACGGACGGCGCUCGACUCUCGUUGCUCUCUUCACACACACAACCAGUUUUGAAAGCCUCCACUUUUGCUUUUCAUUGCCUUCGACAGAAAAAAUAUAAAACAGCGCAGACAACGAUUUUGGUUACUGUGAUUAAUAUGCGUUUUUUCGGUAACGGCUACGGAAUGUAUAACAAACAUCAGCCAGGCAUUGACCUAGGUCACAAAUUUCAGAUCUUACAAGCAUUCUAAUUAGUGGGAAGUAUUAGUCACGGAUGAAGCCUGAACGAUUUUUAGUUGCAAGAAAAACGCCUGGGAAAAUGUACAGAACUUCUGUUGAAACUCAAAAUGUAGCGGAAAAAUGUUUGAAGAAUAUAAAAGAUUCUUCUUUAGAGUCUACAAAUAAUGGAAAAUAUUCACAUAAACAUUUGGAUAUUUAUUGAUGCAUUUUCCCAGUUAAUCCAUGUGCUCGGCUCUCUUUAUAUUUCUACAUUCUUAGCACACACAAAACAUUAACCCAAA